UUGUAGGAUUGAGUUAUGUGCGACUUAUGAUAAUUUAUGAGGAGAAAUGUCAAGUUUACCAUGCUAGCCUCCCUGAUCACUUGUCCUGGGUAGACUGCAUCUCAUGCCCACCAGUUAGAGACCUUUUGAUUCUCUUUCCAAGCACUCCAGUUUCCAGGGAACAAAUAGGUACAACCAGCUCAUGCACACUUGUUGGAGUCCUGUUUGAAUCCUUACCCACUGUGAAAGCUUCUUGCCCGCUCUGCAUGAACACAUUCUACUACAACUCUAGUAGCUCCCUAGUACGAGUAAGAUUAGAUCCAACUGAGUGGAUGCAACACAUUGUAGAGCCACCUCCCACUUCAUGGACUGCGAAAAGAUAAUUUGGAUGUCAUCAUAUUAAUGAGGCAAUGUAAAUCCUGUUGUAAAAGUAAUGUGAAGAUGCAGGUUGCUGUUAAUAACCUCUCAGAAGGUCUUUGUGCUCAGGCUCAACAUGAUCUAUAUUGGUGUCAAUGGCCUGCAUAAUGUAUUAAUGUAGAAUGCUGGUAUUCAGUGCCUCUCUAUUACUGCUUAGCGUCUAAUCUUUGUUAGUGGAAGCACAAAAUAAAUGCACGAUGCAGCUAUCUCAUGUGGUGUGACAAAGAAAUGAUCCACAACAUCUAUCCAAGUUACAGUGCUCAAUUAACCAACUGAUCAGGCAUUGCACUAUUGUGUUUCUUUUACAUAAAAGAAACACCAUCUCUCAUGAUAUCUCAGUAAAAGAGCGGAAAGAAGAUAUACCAAUCGAGGUGGAGACAAACGGACAAUUUGAACCUUUCUAAGGGCUCGGAUGUCUGUAAGUUAUUUAGUUUCAUAGGAUCCAUCUACCAAAGAGACAUUGGUCUCAAGUAUGGACAGAGAAAAAGAAAUAGAUAGUGAUAUGUAUUUGAUCAUCUUA